UCAUCUUAAAUAUUCCCAUUACACAGUCAAUUCAGGAAGUGAAUUUAAAUUCCAUUUCAAUGUAAAGGAUGAGAGAGAGAGAUAGAGAAAAAUGGAGGGAGGGGUCUGGCUGGAUGGGUCCUUAAAAAGGAGAGGAGGAAGAUGUAGAACUCAACUCACAGGCAGGACAGAGAGAGAGAGAGACUAGAACUCAACUCACAGGCAGGACAGAGAGAGAGAGAGACCCAGUGAAGACCUUUGAAGAUCUCUGAAGAAGUGAAGCUACAACUGAAGACUUCAGAAGGAGACUAUCACCAUGGCGAUGUUGACCACUCUUCUGCUUCUCAGCGCUGUCUUUGCUCUGGGAGAUGCAAGGGGUAACAGAGAGUGGCAUCACAGAGUCUGCCCACCUGGCUGGCCCAGAUAUGCGACACACUGCUAUCACUACGUCCCCGUCAGGUCCACAUGGCCAGAGGCAGAGAGGAGAUGUUUGCGCUUGGGAGGUAACCUGGCGUCAGUGCACAGCCUUCCCCAGUAUCGUUUCCUUCAGUCUGUCAUCAGGAAGAGUACCGGGAAAGUUCAGCGCACCUGGAUUGGAGCCAACGAUGCCAUCGAGGAGGGUCUUUGGCUGUGGAGCGACGGGUCCAGGUUUAACUACCAGAAUUGGGGCCCGGGUCAACCCUCCAACUAUAACCAUGGUGUUAUUAAGGACAACACGAACGGUCGGAAGCAUUGCAUGGAGAUGAAUUAUGGAGCUUCCCGCUGUCAGAAUGAUGCCCCUUGCUGGUACAAACGUCCCUUCCUGUGUUCCAGAAAGUGCUGAUGUCCACAUUUUGGGAGAGACAACAUUGGAGAAGCUCUCAGAUUGUUU